AGAGCCAUCAGGAGUCUGUGUCUUGCAUCCCUUCACCUAGCUUAGCACGUGUACAGAGGUCCAGCGCCUAACUCAGAAAUAAUUCUUUAAAGUCAAGCAACAGGGCUUUGGUUGAAACAACAUGGGAAGCUCCUCCUGUUCUGUAUUCUGGGGGAAUACACUUUUCCCUGCAGUGUAUUCCCCAGGACAUUUAGUACCUGUUGGCUGAACACAAACGCACAACAGAGGGUACCCCAACACAGACGGGCAGCAGGUUCUUGUGCGUCACCUUUGAGCCCGAGCCUGAGCACGGAGCUGCUUUACGAAGCCCAGGUAUGGCAUUGCAACUCCAGACUUCUGAGUUCACUUGCUGAUUCUCUCCGUCUCUAGGUCCAAAAAUGUCCACGUUGGGUUUCUCCCUUAAUUCCCCAUUCUGAAAGAAUGGGUUGGCCUAGUAGAGAGUCCUUCAAUAGUUUUGUUGGCCAAAGAGCUGUAGCCUGAAAGUCAGAAGUCUCCGUCAUCCUACAGGAAGAGAGAACACGUCAGGGGCAAAUUGCCUGACGUUUGGAUCUUUCUCUUAAUUAUCAAGACCAACCAACCACACGCAAAACGGCCAACAUGCAUAAAUGAAAGAAAGCCAAGCACGGCGUGCCAGAGCUGGUCCAACAGUUGUUCUGGUUAGCUCUAAGAGAGAAUUUGAAGUUAGCUAAGGAGUGGAGAAUAAGAAUGACAAAGUGAUGCUCUCUCUGAGGGCUCUUAGUAUCUACGGCCAUGGUCCGCCCAAGAUCUUGUCUCUGAGGACCCCAAGUUCUUUCUGGACGUGGUUCUGCAGCAGCAGCAGGUUCUGCCCCGGGGGUCUCUGGCUGGUGUAUUGGGGUAAGGAAAGCCGGGGUGCCAGCUUGGCUGUCUCGGUUUCCGUAUGCCCAUAGAUGGAGACAGUAACCUGGCAACUGGGGGCUUAUUGUGUGCUCAUAAUGCAGCCAGACAGGAUAAAAGGCAGCGCCUCCUCCUGCGGUCAUCACUUCUUGGAAGUGCAGCUGUGACGAACGAGGUAGGAUAAGGCUCGUCUCCAGUGUUUCCACCAGCUUGUCUCCAACAGUUCCAUCCUGUGAACUGGCGAUCAAGCUUCACGUUCGUUAGUCAGAUGAGACCAGUGAAUACGAGAGCGUUUAAAUUUGCCUUCCUUUUAACAGGCACGCGAUGAGUGCAGCGAUGUCACAGGGUGAACGGUCCACUGGGAAGACCCUAGCGGGCACGAUGGAGUCACGGGACGUGACCCCGCAGAAGGGCUCUCUCCAGCUCCUCGUGAAGAAACGGGAGUCCGCCAGUGCCACAAGCCCCAGCGUGGUGCGCCAGCGCCCACCAGUGCCACGGGCACGGUCACGUUCACGGAAGAGACGCAUCCGUGUCAAAUCCGUGGAAGUACUGCGGGCACACGGUCGGCUCAUGGAGACGAUCGAGGAGGAGCCCCUGGACAGCUCGGGCGAGAUUGAAACCUUCCCCGUUGCUGUCAAGGAGGUUGAGAGCCACUUGGAGAGCCUGGGUGUCAGGAAGGGAGCAGAGAGUGCGAGGACCUCCCUGUCACCAGCUCGGACUAGCGAGCCUGAGAGCAAUCCAGGCGUAGCGGAGUCCACUGUUAAGAGGAGGAGGGCAGUCUCUGAGACGCUCUCAGAAACCGGAGAAAACAGCAAUGCCAAAGUUUCAGGGGGUGGUCGCAAACCUCUGAGAGGACUUCGAGAAGCGCGCCCUCCGAAGCCUGGCAAGACGCUGCAGCUCUUUGAGGAGAAUGUCUCCUUAAAGGAUAAAGAGGCUCUUUCUCAAGCUGCAGCGUCUGAAGCAGAGAAGAGGAGCUGCUUUGCCAAUAAUAUUUCCGAGGAGACCAAGGCCUGCACUGCGCCUGGCGGCCUGGGCACAGGCAGGAUGCACUCUGAGGACAGGCAGACCGCCUCCUCGAGGAUGAGCGAUGCUCGUUGCCAGCAGGAGCAGAAAACUGCACAGUUUCUCAGAUACACAGAAUCUGUCCACUGGAGAAGUGAUGAAAAGUGCCCAAAAGUUGAAGGCGGUAUGAACCAGCCAUUUAUAGCGGCAGAGAAGAUGGAAGCGCUAAGACAGCCAAAAUCUACAAUGUCUUCAGUGGCUUCCAGAAUGAAAGCAAUUAAUGCAAUCCUCAAAAAUCAACAACUUCCUGUAAGAGGUCCACGCCAUCUUGAAGCUGGUGCACCAAAUCCGGAGUGCAAAAGAAAGGAAUCCUCUGUGAUCCAGGUGUUUCCGAAUCUUAAGGAGCCACAGAGGAGGGAGCCAUUGCGCCAGCCGAUAAAGAAAAUCAAUUCUGCAGCUUCCAGACUGAAGGCCAUCAAUGAAAUGCACAAGAGCCAAAGUAAUCUUCUAGGAUGGCCAAACCAGCAAGAAGCUGCUUUAGUGGCUUACGAUAUGCAGUGGCGUGAAACCCCAGAAUGCGAUGGAAAGAACAAAGAUGAAGCCCUCGCAGGCCACGUGUUGUGCAGCAAUGCACAUCACGUUUCCAAUAAAAACCUGUAAUGACUUAAAAGUAACAGACUUGUCUGAAUUUUUGCUGCCUGUCUCUCCUCCCUCCUUCAAGAUUUCCCUCGUGCAAGAUGCUAUCAGGACAAGGCGUGAAGUUGGAUGUGUAAGACAGAUUAAGAAGAUUUUUGUCAACAUUG